AUGUCGGCAUCGACAGGAGUCGGUCGAUUCAUCCUUUAUUUUGCAUCCCCGGUUGGUGUCUGGUUUGCCCUAAUCUUCUUUUGUUUCGAAUUUCGAGUGGAAAAGUAUGAGUGUGGUGCAGAGAGGAAUUGCCUCUGUGAUUCUUCAAGAACGAGGAGUUUGAGAUUCUACGUUGUCGCACAUAGACACAGAAGUAAGUUUCUCAUGACAAAUAGGGAUCCGGUUGUCGAACUCGAUUUGGUCGUAUAUGAUACUGUGUUGAAUGUGUGUACUUUCUCCGGUCAGUGGAAGGGAGUUUCACGGGUGUUUGAGGAGUUUAGAAAAAGUGGUUUAAAACUCAUGGGAGCAACUUAUGGAAUUGCAAUGGAGGUUUUCUUCUCCACAUAGACGACAUGAAAGCUCUAAAAUCUUUGGCAAGCUGAAGUAAAGGUUUGUAAUAUCAUACAUCCCUGUUUUUUUUCAUACAUCCCUGUUUUAUUCCAUCACUUCUGCCUAAUGGUAUUGGAAUGACCAAAAAAGAAGUAAUAGAUUACCCUUGGAACUGUUGCUCAAAGUGGCACUUCAAAGUUCCUGAAUGGUGUGAAGUCAAUUGGAAGAGACAACAAGUGGACAAGAUUAUUGGGGAAGAUAAUGACUGUUCAACACAUAUAAAAAUAAAUAAAUAAAUAAACAGUCCCGUCGUUCACCACAGGGUCACCUCCUAUGAAACGAUGUUUUCAUGCAAUGAACGUUCCUAAUAAGAUAAGAUGUUUUUUAUUUACCGUUAAUAAUCAUGUCCUUUAUUUUUUGAUAAAAAAAAUGAUUUUAACAGUUUUGACCAAACUGCCCCUACAUACUGUUCUUUUGUUAAAAAAAGUUAUUUCAAGAGUUUUUAAUGAAAAUGCCCCUACAUACUUUUACUUUUUAUUAAAAAAUAAUGAUUUUUAACAACUUUUGUCCAAAAUGCCCCUAUAAUGUUUUUUGGGUAUGAAAUGCUAAAAUGUGCCAAUUAAAAACCUACAAUAGGUUAGUCAUUUUCUUUAUUUGAUUGGUCAAAAUAUCUAUUUUUAUUUAUUUAUAUGUUAUUGGAACUUUUAUAAUGCAACUUUUAGAGUAAAAAAAGUCGAAAGUACGAUGUCAUAAUAGAAUAAAAUGGAAGUAAGAUGCUACUGUACAAAAAUGAAUGAAAGUAUGCUAAAUCCAAAAACGAACGGUCGAUGAAGUGAAGAUUUUGUUAGCCGGGACAUCAUCAAAGCCGAAAAAGUACAACCCGGUCCAGCUACAUGUUGUGAGAUGGCUUCCUCCCUUUCAAUUCAACUUUUGACUAUUUUGCCCCUGUUGGUGGAGUUUGACAUUUCUGAUGUUGCUACAUAUAUUUUGUAAGUAUCCCAUGGGUUAGAUGAUGUUGGUAUGUGGUAAGGAAAUGCAAAUCCUUCGCAUUAUUUUUAUUUCAAUAUCUUCAAUAAUCUUUGCUUUUUUUAUUUCAAGAUUUUCAUAUUUGCUGCAUUUAAACACAUACAUUACACAUUUGUCAUCGACAUUAUUUCAAAUAGUAAAAAAAAUCAUUUUUCAAAGUGACGAAAUUUUUUUUGCCGGUAUGAUUAAAAAACAAACUACCCAACAAAAUUACAUUGUUAUAUAUUAUGUAUUUAUCAACACCAGUUUAGCCUGAUCCUAUUAACAUAUUUCAAUACAGUACAAAAAAAAAUUUAAUUUCCUUAUUUUAAUUCAAUUGUUUAUUACCGGUUGGUUGUCCAUCUCCCCUUUGAUUUUUUUUUUUUGUUUUUUAUAUUGCGAGAAAUAGCAACGUACUUAACCUCUAUGUUUUAAUUUUUACCCAUAAUACCAACUUACUUAGAAUUUUCUAUUGGUUAUACAAAAUUUUAACCAUUCAGUUUUUUCUUCAUUAUGUGGCAUGAGAUCAAAUGCUUGCAAAAGAUUGGAUGUGCAUUUCCUUCUUCAAGGAGGCUGAAGACACGUUAUUGUUGGAGAAUAUUGUAAUGGUCACUUCCAGUUCCAUUUAGCGUAUUCUCAUAUCUGUUCAUUAAAUAAAGUUCAUUGCUUGCAAUCGUUUAGAAGUUCAUAAUAAUAAUAAUUCAUAUGAUUUGAUGAUUCAUGUGUUGUUUCUUCUGUUUAUGGCUUCAAUAAACUACUUACUUUUUGUUGUACGAC